AUGACGGAAGACGUAUACGGCUACGUUGACAUGGAGCGCACUAUGCUGGGAGCAGGUAGCGCUAGCAUUAAUGUGCUCCAUCCAGGAUAUAAUAUAAUGGUAACUGAACAGGACCGAGGAAAAAGCUUAAAGCAAUUAGAAAAGGCAAGAUCGACGCGAAUCCGACGGAACUCAGAAAAGAAUUUAAUGGUUUCUAACGUGCAACAUAAGAAAUCUCAGAGUUUGAGUAUUCUCGAGGGUAUAGCAAUUCAUAGUAUUUCAAAUGAUUCAACGAUACCUAAUAAUUGA